AUAACACACCACAGCUGAAGGAGUCUCACCUGAACGCUCUAAGCUACUGUGUCGGAAGUGGCUCCGUUUCGGUUGUUUUUUUUUUUUUUUUUCUUCAGAUGAGACCUGGAGCAGAGAUGUCUACACUGGAGGCUUCGAAGGAAUCUGGAAACAGUUCGUCAGAGGAGGACGGACCCCGGACCGAUGUGACAGAGAGCCCCGUGGAAGAGGAGGAGGAGGACCGGCAGAAGAAGAAGAAGAAGGACCCGGCCACGGUGGGGCUGCUCCGGCAUCACCCGUUCAGCGUGGAGGCCAUCAUGUCCGGGAGGACCCCGAGCAGGGGCGGACACAGCCACGGGGAGUCCCCCACCACCACCACCUGCUGCAGGGCGGAGGGCGGCCCGGCGGUACUGCCCCGGACCGCCUUCAACUCUGUGUAUCUGUGUCGGGACACUUCCACGGACCCGGGUCACAAAGGUCUGACCGCCUCUCCGUCCUCACCGGUCAAAUCAGAGACGUCAGAGUCAGAGGAGUGCGUGACGUGGGUCAGCAACGGUGCGUUUCCCACACAGCCAAGACACAUCAACCCUGGCUGUCAGUUGAGGAAACACAAGACCAACCGAAAGCCCCGCACUCCCUUCACCACGUCCCAGCUCCUGGCCCUGGAGAGGAAGUUCAGGCAGAAACAGUACCUGUCCAUAGCCGAGCGGGCCGAGUUCUCCUCCUCGUUGACCUUAACAGAAACUCAGGUGAAGAUCUGGUUCCAGAACCGCAGGGCAAAAGCCAAGAGGCUCCAGGAGGCUGAGCUGGAGAAACUCAAAAUGGCUGCAGACGCCAAGACGGCGGCAGUGGCGGCGGCGGCCACAGCUGGAGCUUUACACCCUGGUUUUACGUUACCGCUGUCGCUGGGUGCCAUGUCAUUGUACGGACAGUCGUACUCUGCCUACCACCACCAACACAGACCCAUACUGCCCCUGUCGCCUUUAGGACUGUAUGCUGCUCCUCUGGGCUACAGCAUGUACCACUUGUCCUAACAUGGGAAAUGUACUUUAGCCAAUCAUAUUUCCUUGGAUUUCUUAAGAGAUGGACACAGGAUGUGCGACUUACAUCAUGUUAAAAUUAAUGUUGAAUAUAUCUACUGCACAGGGAGUGUUUGAAUCAACUUUCCGGGCACUUCAGUACACAUUAAAAGUCUAUUUUUUUCUCAGCAAGGAUUAAAAUAAAAGAACGAAAAAACAAACAGACAAAAAAAAAACUCAGAAAGCUCUUGCCCUUUGCCUCAUUGGACUGCCUGUUUACAUGAGUUGUGUAUAUGAGAAGGGGCGUAUACUGUUCAGCUUUUUAUAGUCUUGUUUACUUUUGCAAUAAUUGAAUUGGCUGAGGACUUGCACUGCAAAAAGUGAUAUAGACAAUAUUCACUUAAGCCUUUCCUCUCAUCAGAUGCAGUGCCUUGUGUUGUGAAGGGCCUUAAUCAAGACACGUUGUGCUCUUUUAUGGAUGAAUGAGUGUUUCAGUGACUCAGGCUAAAUAAAACAUUACUGAUGCACUCUGAAUUUACUUCUCCAAAAGUGUCUUCCUUAAAAACAAAACCAAAAAAAAGUAAAUACAUAAAAAGACUUCAAUGCUUUAUUUCUAUUAUGAAACCCGAGAGUUGUCCAUGUUUUUACCUCCCUAUUGAAGCAAUAAAAGCAUCUUUUUGAUCACUCCCUCAUUUCCUUAUCAGGCGUUUAUAGAGCCUUAACAUAUUUAUUCUCUUUGAAAUAUUACGGUGGAAAUUUAUGAAUGUCUCAUAUUGUGUAUUUAUGAUUGCUUGUGAGAAUGUGGUACAGAAGUUCAGACCAAAAUUGUAUUUAUGCUGUUGAUGUACCAGAACGUCCCUUUGAAAGGGCUUCUAUGACUAUGCAGUUUAUAUUUUUCUUCCCAUGUUUUAUCUAUGAAAUGAACAAAACAAUUAAAGCCUUAAAUACUGAGUGCUUUUCACAUUUUAUGUGCAAAAAUAAACAAGAGAUAAAAGU